AGGUGUCAGUAACACAAAGCAAACUUGCAACACAACCAGAAGAAGAACAAGGACGGAUCGCAGGCUGAUUUCAACAUCGCGCCAACGUAAAUCAGUUGGUAAACGUCGCAAGUUUAUCGUCCAUUUCCAUUAUUAGCUUCAGAAAGUUUAAACGACGCCAUGGCUGAUAAGAUGAGCAUGUCUCUGGAUGAGAUUAUCAAGAUGAAUAAGAGAGAGGGCCGCGGCGGACAAGGAGGAGGCUUCAGGCGGGGAGGAAGUUCAGGUCGAGCCGGUGGAUCGUCGAGGCCGCCGGUGGCGGCGAGGAGCCGAGAGAACAACUUUCACCGCGACAGGAACAACAGAGCAGCUCCUUACACCAGACCCAGAGAGCUGCCAGACAAAUGGCAGCAUGACAUGUUUGAGGAGAAUGAAAGUGGAGGAAGUACAGUACCAGAAAGAAGAGUAGACGGUAGCAGCAAGCUUCUGAUUUCUAAUCUGGAUUUCGGCGUUUCUGAUUCCGAUAUUAAGGAGCUGUUUGAAGAAUUUGGCCCCAUAAAGACUGCAUCGGUACACUAUGACCGGUCGGGCCGGAGUAAAGGAGUGGCAGAUGUCUACUUUGUAAAUAAAGCUGAUGCCAUCAAAGCCAUGAAGAAUUAUAAUGGUGUUCCUCUUGAUGGCCGUCCUAUGAAAAUCCAGCAAGAAUCAUCAGAAGUUCAAACGCAGAGCUCAAGCGGAGGUUUUGACCGCAGCAGGCUCGGUCAGCCCCGGUUUGAAAGAAGACCAGGUGGGAGCAGUGGAGGUUUCAGAGGUCGAGGGAGGGGAGGUGAAAGAAAACCCCAGCUGUCAGCAGAGGAGUUAGAUGCUCAGUUGGACGCUUACAAGUCAGAGAGUCAGAUGGACACCAGUUAAGAACGCUCAGGGUGCUUCUUGUUUUUUUUUUUUUUGUUUGUUUUUUUUUUAACAGUAUAAUGCAUCAAACGUUUUGAAGCCGUUUUAUUUCAAGGACCAUUGUGUAAACAUUUUUAUUGUAUAAUUUUUUUUCAUUGCUGUGUUUAGGGCAAUUUUGUUUUGAGAAUAAAUUCAGUUUAUAUGAACAAUAAAUUGCCCAAAGCAAGUAGUUCCAUUUGGAUUCCUUUUUUAUAUUGUAAAUGUGAUUCUGUGACAGUCUGUUUACUGUAACAAUAAAUGUUGAUAUGAA